CAACAGGUCGGAAGGAAAGAUUCAUCAAGCCAGUCUUUUUAAAGUGCUUUUCAAAAUACAUUUAAAUGAGGUCGUUCUGAAUUUUCUGAUGCGGAUGUCGCGUCAUCUUCUGCAGUUUGUUGGGCCCCUGCUGUUCAAGCUAAUGAUUGACUUUGCCGAGGACACAAAUGAUUUUCUUUGGCAUGGAAUUUUAUUUGCCAGUGUAAAAUUUAUAGUUGAUUGCACAGAAGUGUUGAUGGGAAAUUAUGACGACAAUACUUGUCACAUGAUUGGAAUCAAAAUCAGAACAUCAAUUUGUGGAGCUUUAUAUAGAAAGAUGACUAAACUUUCGAACACGGCCAAGAAAGAUUGCACUGUCGGUGAGAUGGUAAACCUGAUGGCUGAUGAUGCCCAAAGAGUUGUACGGGCCCUCUUUCAAAUACACUUUUUGUGGAUAGGUCCUCUACAGGCAUGCGUGGCCCUCUACUUUCUUUAUCAAGAGUUGAAGUUUGCUGCAGUGCUAGGAUUUAGCCUCUUAUUCAUUUUCAUCCCCUUGAAUGUAUUCAUUGCAAAGAAACAUCACAAAAUCAAUAACGAGGAUACUGAGAUCAAAGAUAAAAGAAUGAAGGUUUUAAAUGAAGUCUUCAAUGGAAUCAAGGUACUAAAGCUGUAUGCAUGGGAACCCUCAUUCGAAGACCAAAUAGAUUCCAUUCGAUUCCAAGAACUGCGUGGAAAAAUGAAAAGAAAAUGUUUGGAUGCAGUGUCCUCUUUCAUUUGGGGAAUAUCAGACUUUUUGAUUGCGUUUGUCAUCUUUGCCGUGUAUUUGUGGUUGGAUGACAGCAACAUCAUGACAACAAAGAAGAUCUUCUACACAAUAUCUCUACUUGGAAUUCUCCGUGGACCAAUUCUUCACAUGCCACAUGUGAUCACAGCACUUGUGGAGACAACAACCGCUCUUAAAAGAAUUCAAAAAUUUUUGAAUCAAGAGGAAAUAGAUGAAUCUGCGAUCCAACAUGAUGGAAGUGAGGCACUGUCGAUAGAGAUGAAAGGUGCAUCGUUUACAUGGAAUGGAAAGAAGAACCCAAAUUUAAAACAUAUAAACAUGGAGAUCCCUGAUGGAGGACUGGUGGCUAUUGUUGGAGCUGUGGGCGCUGGAAAGUCUUCGCUGUUGUCAGCAGCAAUUGGAGAAAUGGAAAAGAUUUCCGGGGAAGUCAGUGUGAAUGGUUCUGUUGCUUAUGUAACACAACAAGCAUGGAUUCAAAACAAUUCUCUGAAAGAAAAUAUUCUGUUCGGAAAGAAGAUGAAUAAGAAGAGUUAUGAUAAAGCAAUCGACACAUGUGCUCUACAAGCUGAUCUUGAUAUUCUUCCGGGAGGGGAUGAAACUGAAAUAGGAGAAAAGGGAAUUAAUCUUAGUGGAGGACAAAAACAGAGAGUGAGUUUGGCCCGUGCAGUUUAUCAGGACGCCGACAUCUACCUGUUAGAUGACCCUCUUAGUGCUGUCGAUGCACAUGUAGGAAGACAUAUAUUUCAAAAAGUCAUUGGAAAUGGAGGACUUCUGAGAAACAAGACACGAGUCCUUGUCACACACGCCAUAAGCUUUUUACCAAACGUGGACAAGAUUAUAAAUCUGGUCAAUGGAGAAUUAACGGAAGUUGGGACCUAUAACGAGCUGAUGGAAAGGAAUGGUGUGUUUGCAGAAUUUGUACGGAACCAUGCACUAGAAGAGUCUUCUGAUGAUGACGAGGAGCAGACAAAUAAAAGACAAAAGUUCAUCGGGCGACAGAUAUCAACCAUUGACCAGUCUGACAAAGGAGUACAGGAAAGAACAGAGAACAAAUGUAAAGAUUCCAAAUUCAUAGAAGAAGAAUCAAUAGAAACAGGACAGGUGAAAUGGUCUGUUUACACCAGUUAUUUGAAGACAGCUGGACGUUUUCUACUGGUCGUGCUUUUGUUUACCAUUGCGGAGAACAUAUCAGAUCAUUAUAAUAAGUACUGGUUGAGCGAAUGGAGCAGUGGCAAUGCAGAUAACUGUUCUACAUCUAAUAUGUCCACAGCUGAUCAACAUUCACGAGAAAAAUACAGACUGAAAGUAUUUGGAGGCAUGGGACUGAUAAGAACUAUUUUUGAUGUUCUCAUACAACUCUCAAUUACUUAUAUCGCUGUUAAGUCAGCACGAACAUUUCACCAGAAUGCCCUGUCCAGUGUGAUGAGAGCACCAUUGAGCUUCUUUGAUACAACACCGAUUGGCAGGAUCAUCAACCGUUUCUCUAAGGACAUGGAAACAUUAGAUUGGUCUCUUCCUUGGAUUACGAAAUCUUUCUUAGAAUGUUUUCCUCAUAUGAUGUUCACUUUUGGAAUCAUUACCAUGGGGACGCCUAAAAUAAUGUACUUCGUGAUUCCGUUUUGCUUCAUUUAUUUCUUUAUACAGAGGCUUUUCAGUGCCACUGCAACACAGACAAGGAGGAUCUGCAGUGCCCUUAGAUCACCUCAGUACUCUCAUUUCAGCGAGUCCAUCAAUGGUGUCACAACACUUCGUGCUUUCAACAAAACUCAGCUGUUCACAAAUGAGUCUGAUCGCCGGCGAGAUGCAUACAAUAAAGCUGAAGUAACGAACACAAUGUGCUACAGAUGGUUAGGAGUACGUUUGCAGUUUAUCGGAAAUCUUUUCGUUUUCAUUGCUUGCACCAUGGCUGUUUAUAGAAGAGACGUGUUAUCAAGUGGGAUGAUAGCCCUUGUUAUGACGUAUGCUGGACAUAUAAGCGGCAUCCUUCGUUGGAUCGUUCAUGUUUUCACCGAAAUGGAUACAAACAUCAUAUCGGUGGAAAGAAUUCAGGAAUAUAUCGAAACGAAACCAGAAGCAGAAUGGCGGAUUGAAGAAACAAAACCUGCCCCUGAGUGGCCACAAAAAGGCCAUAUAAAAUUUUCAAAUUUUGGCCUGAGAUAUCGUGAGGGUUUAGACCUGGUUUUGAAAGGAAUAGACUGCGAAAUAAUGCCAGGAGAGAAGUGCUCACUAGCUAUACCCCCUCUCUGA